GGCAUGAAGUGUCUGCAGUGCCAGCAUGUGUCCCGAGAGAAGUCAGCUAGGUUCUGUAGCCACUGUGGGCAGAAGCUGCCUCCUGCAACCCCCGUGCAAGAUUCCGAGAACAACAAUGCCUUCGAGGAGUCCUCGAGCUCAGAGGGGAAGACUGAGCAGGGGAAUUUUCUAAAAGAGGAGGAGGCCCCAGUCUCCAGACAGGAACCGGAAACAUCCGAGUCCGAUGUCCCCUGGACCAUCCAAAUGGAAGUGGACCCAGAGGUUUUUGUAGAUGCUUCAGAGGACACGGCUGGUGGCCCAGAAGGUGCUCAGUGCCCUCCCAACAAGAGGAAGAAGGAGACAACCGGGUUUGAGGUCGUGGAUGCCGAGCAGAGUAAAAAGGAGAAGAGGAGGAAGAGGAGGAGUCAAGUCACCACCUCUUCCUCAGAGGCAGAGUCCUUGCCUUCCACUUCUUCUGGUCUCCAGAGUCUGGAUAUACCUUCAAGCCUUGAAUCCCAGGACUCAGCCUUGCCCCAGGACCGAGCCCAGCAGGGUGGUGUGGGCAGCCAGCCUCGCCAGUCACUGGACGCAGUGAAUGUGUCAAUGGAGGAAGAUGGCUCCGUGCAUGCCAAAGCCAGCAGCGUCCCUCUGCAGCCCUCAGUGGACAAGGGCCUGCCCCGAGAUGGGGACCCUGGCCCCGCCCUUUCUGCCUGCAAAGGCCCCGGUGCGGGUACCGGUGCAUCCCAGAAGGCCCCUGAAUCUAAGGGGGAGAAGUCUGAGCAUAAAGAAGAGCUGGCUGCCUCACAGCCAACCAAUGCUACAGCCAAGGCAGCCAAUCCAGAGAAGAAGGAUGGGAAAGAAACAAGAGACAAUGUUCAGAAACAGAAAGCAUCCCCCGUGAGCCCUGCUCCCUCCAAGCACCAACACCAGGAAGCUGAACUCAAAGGCAGGUUGGCUGACUCUGGGAGGAACACCCAGCCGAAAGACCAGAAGAAGCCAGAAGAGAGCAGAAAUUAUACAGCAGCUUUGAAAAACAAGAAGGAGGAGAGAAACCAGAAGGCCACUGCACCAGAGGACACAACGAGAACACUGAACCCAGGGGACGGAGUCACCGUGUACUUCCACGCCAUUGUCUCCCGUGACUUCUCAUUCAACCCAAACAACCACAGGGUGUAUGUCAGAGGGGGAGAGGGCCUCGGGAAGAAAGGCUGGAUGGUGGACGCUUGCGAGAUGAACUACACCAAAGACCUUCAUGAGCUUGGGUCUCUCGUCGAGGGCAGCAUGGUCAUUCCCAGGCAGAGCCUGGACCAGCCUAUCCCUUAUAAGUAUGUCAUCCAUCGUGGCGACAGUGGCAAGGAUUCUGUAGAGUAUGAAUUUAUCUACGAGCAGCCACAGAAGAAAGGGGAGCAUGUGAACCGCAGCCUGUUGGUGGAAUCUGCACUCUUGGACACUGGAGACUGGCAUCAGUAUGAUGACAUAAUCUGCAUGAAGACUCCUGGGCCGUUCCAGAAAGUUCUAAAUGCUAUUACUGAUGGUACGAGGAAGGAUCUGGUGAAAGGGAAGAAGAACGCUGCUGUGGUCAUGCUGGACCGCAUCUUCAGCAUCCUCCAGCCCUGGAGUGCCAUCAACCUGCACAGUUUCAUGACCCAGUUCCAGCAGUUUUAUUCUGUGGUCCGAGUGCCUAAGAUCCAUGAAGGCCAGACAAGGAUAUGGUCCAGUUUGCAAUACAGUGAGAAAGAGGUGAGGAUGAACCUGUGGGAGCAUGUGAGAAACAAGAUGCAACUCUGCCUGCACGGGAAGAAUGGGGACUCUCUGCCCUCUGACUGCCCCGUGAGGAGUAGACUCAAGCUGGGCCUGACCGUCCUUUUCAUGAUGGAAGCAACUGACUUUGCUGUCUCUAAAGACGACCUGGUCUCACUGUGCUCCCUCCUCAUGCCGAGUGCCAGCUCGCCAGAAGCCCUUCACGGUGACCUGGGCCCCAUCCUCAACAAACCUCAGAAAUGGCGUGCGUACUUGAUAAACCUGUACGACAGGUGCAUACUUGAUGGCAUCGAACACUGGCUGGGCACUUUACCUGUCCUGCAUUACUGCAUGCAGCUGUCCCUGCCCAGGAAGGACUCGAAGAGCAUGUCCGAGGACACCUGGGCAGGUCUCGAAGGACUCUCUUUUGUGCAAUUUCGGGACAAAGCACCCACUAAGUGCAAUGUCCUCAAGUUCAUGCAGCCUAGGAUGACCCUGCUGCAGUUGGAUGAGACCCUCUUCCGCUCCUGGUUCAGUGUGGUUCCUCUGAAAAACCUGACUUCCUACUUGGAAAACUCCACGGAAUACUUGAGUCAAGUGCCUGCUCGAGUCCUGGAUUGUUUUCAAGGGAUUUCAUACCGGCUCCGGGGCCUGGGGAAGAUCUCCUUCCAAAACACUGAGGACAUCGAGGGCAUCUUUAAGAUGCUGGUUCACCUUGUGGACAUGUAUCAGGACAUGAUGCUCAGGGAGACCCUGUUACAGACCUGCUUAACUGAGUGUCUGACCCUCCAUGAAACUGUCUGCAAACUGACAUCUGACAGAAAACUCUACGAGAUCCCUGCCCUGUCCGCAGAGCUUGUCUGUAAAGUGGUUAAGCCCAACCCUCCAGGGGGUACCGCAGAGGGGCCAGCUGCCACAGAUGACAAGGACUUGGUUACAAACAUCAUUCAGGAGGUUCUGAGUACCACAAGACGAUGGCUGCGCAGACUUUUUAAAAACAACAUGUUCCUUGCCAGCCCAUCCACUGUCUGCUUUACCUAUUCUGAGGAGAUGGCGAUGUGGCGACGGCUGGUGGAGAUUGACUUCCCGGGAAAGUAUGGCUGGAAGAGAUCACUGCUGGGAGACAUGGAGGGGAGGCUCAAACAGGAGCAGCCUCGUUCACAGAUCAAUGUCUUCUGCAGCAGUCUGUGGGAUGAUGGCGGACCCCAUGACAGCGUGGCCAGGACCUUUGAGAAGUGUGUCAUUGAAGCCGUGAGCUCUGCUUGCCAGUCUCAGACCAGCGUUCUCGAGGGGCUCUCCUAUCAGGAUUUGCAGAAAUUUGGUACUCUCCUGUCAGCUGUGAUAACCAAGUCCUGGCCAGUGCACCAGGGGAAGGGUGUGGACGAGAUCUUCAAAUACCUACUCACGUGGCCAGAUAUGAAGCAACUCUUCAGACUGUGUGGAACCAAUGAGGAAAUCUUAGACAACAUCACGGAGGAAGGCAGGCAGCUGAUGGCCACGGCUGAGUCUGUGUUCCAGAAGGUUGCAGAGGAACUCAAGAGUGGCACCAUCAUGGUUGGGCAGCUGGAGCUGAUCCUCGAGCACAGGAGUCAGUUUGUUGACAUCUGGAACUUAAAUAGAAUACGGCUGCCGCUCCAGGAGAAGGCCUGUGAUUUGAAGGACCUGCUGGCCAGGAGAAAGCACGAUCUGUUCCUCCUCAAGCAAGAGAAGAGAUACGUGGAGAGCCUCCUCAAGCAAUUUGGGAGCGUGAAACGCCUUGUGCAAGUGGAGUUUGGAGAUAUUGAAGCAAUACACUCUCAAGACCUCAGCACUAAGAAACUAAAUGAAGCCUUGAUAAAGCUACCCAACUCCUCAGGCUACAAGACACAUUACUGCCUGAGCACUGAGAUCCUAGACAUUGCAAGCAAGCUAGACUCCCUGAAAGACUGUCACAUCUUCCAAGUCUUCUGGCAAGAGGCGGCAGAGUCGCUGAGUGCUGAGGAGGGCAGAGAGUUGGAGCUGUUGCUCCCAGAGGCCUGCAACUUGCUGUAUUCCCCCUGCUAUGAGAAAUUCCACAGGCUCUACGAGGAUCUGAAGUCAGGAGAGAUCACUUUUGCCGAAGUUGAUUACGUCUUCAGGGACUUUGUAGAUAAAUAUGAUGAACUGACGGCUGAUCUGAAGUCCAUGUGCACUAUAGAUCCCCAGGACCAGCAAGGCUGGAUCUCAGAGCGUGUUGGGCAGAUCAAAGAAUACCAUAGCUUGCACCAGGCCGUCAGCUCUGCCCAGGUCAUCUUUCAGGUCCGAAGCACUUUGGGUGUGACCGGUGACUUCAGUGUUCUUGGCACGCUGUUAAACUUCGCGGAUUCCUUUGAGAACUUUUGUCAUCAAAAUCUGAAGCAGAUCAGCCAAGAGUUCAUCCAGGCCAAGAAGCUGCUGCAAGACAUCACUGAGCCCCGCCACCGCUGCCUGGAGGAACUCUCUCGGCAGAAGGAGCUUGUGAACUGGUUGCACGAGGCCCUGAAAGACAUCAAUGAGCUCAAGGUGUUUGUGGACCUGGCCUCCAUCUCUGCGGGGGAGAAUGACAUCGAUGUGGACCGGGUGGCCUGUUUCCAUGAUGCUGUGCAGGGUUAUGCUUCCCUGCUGUACAAGAUGGCCUCGGGCACAGACUUCUACGGGUUCAUGGGUCAUCUGCAGGAACUCUGGAGGGCCCUGGACAAUGACCAGCACCUGCCCAGCAAGCUGCAUGAUUCUGCCAGAAACUUGGAAUGGCUGAAGACGGUGAAGGAAAGCCAUGGGUCUGUGGAGCUCUCAUCUCUGUCUCUGGCCACAGUGAUCAACAACAAGGGCAUCUAUGUUAUCAAGGCACCCAAGGGCGGUCAGAAGAUUUCCCCAGAUACCGUUCUACACCUUCUCCUCCCUGAGGACCACGAUGCUCAGGAGACACAGCGUACCUACUCCACAGAAGAGCUGAAGGAGCUUCUAAAUAAGCUUAUGCUAAUGUCUGGCAAGAAAGACCACAACAGCAACUUAGAAGUGGAAAAGUUUUCAGAGGUCUUCAGCAGCAUACAGAGGCUUGUGCAUGCCUUCAUAAGCCUGCACUGUGCAGGCAACAUGCUCUUCAGGACGUGGACCGCUGAAGUCUACUGUUGCCCCAGAUCCGGUGUCUCCAUCCGCAUGGACUUCGGCUUGAAGCCCAUCAAUACUUUGGCAGAGAGUGGUGAUGUCAUCGAGGUCCUGGGCGCCCUCUGCAGGCAGAUGGAGGAAUUCCUAGACCUAUGGAAGAAAGCCGUCACCCAGAAGAGAACCAAACACUUUUACCUCAACUUCUACACAGCUGAACAGCUGGUCUACCUGAGCAGUGAGCUCAGGAAAUCCAGACCCAGUGAAGCUGCUCUCAUGAUGUUGUCCUUCAUCAAAGGCGAAUGCACUGCCUAUGACAUCUUAGAAGCCACCAGGUCCUGUGACAGCAAAGCUGCCAGAGACCGCCAGAGGGAGGUUGUGAAGCACCUGCCUCUGCAGCUACAUUCUGAGUCCAGCUUAAUUGGCAAGCUCCGGGUUAUUAUGGAGCAGUCCUUAGGGUGCAUGAGUGCCUUCUUGCCAGACUGCCUGGACCUGGACGCCCUGGGCACAUGCCUGGCUCAGCUGGCCACACUGGGAGACCAUCCCGUAGAGCGGCCACUCCCCAAAGGCCUGCAGGUUGGCCAGCCCAACCUGGUAUUGUGUGGCCACUCGGAGGUGCUGGCGGCUGCGCUGGCCGUCUACAUGCAGGACCCCAGACAGCCCCUGCCCAAAUUUGAUGAGGUGUUGCUCUGCACCCCGGGGACCACGGUGGAGGAGGUGGAACUUCUCCUGCGACGCUGCCUCACACUGGGGUCCCAGGAACACAAGAUCUACAGCUUGCUUUUUGCAGACCAGCUGAGCUAUGAAGUGGGCUGCCGGGCAGAGGAGCUCCUCCAGGACCUGUGCAUACAGCACCACCGAGAGGACUAUCAGUUGGUGAUAGUCUGUGACGCUGCCCGGGAGCACAGCUACCUCCCCUCCACCUUCAGCCAGCACAAAGUCCCCCUGGUUCCCCAGGCCCCACUGCCAGACAUCCAGGCCUACCUGGAAAGCCAUUUUCAGGUCCCGAAGGACAGCCUGUCAGCAGCAGCUGUAUUCAGAGACGGCAUGUGUGUUGGGAUCGUGACCUCUGAAAGAGCUGGUGUCGGAAAGUCGCUCUACGUGAACAGAUUGCACAAGACCCUGAAAAUGAAGCUACAGGGUGAAAAGGUGCCUUUGAAAAUCAUUCGGCUGACAGACCCUCACGUGGAUGAGAGCCGAGUCCUGCGUUCCCUCCUGCCAUUCCUGAAGGGGAGCUAUCAGAAAACACCUGUGAUAUUCCACAUCGAUGUGAGCACAUCUGUACAGACUGGGAUUCCUGUCUUUCUUUUCAAACUCCUCAUUCUGCAGUACCUAAUGGAUAUAAAUGGGAAGAUGUGGCUUCGGAACCCGUGCCAUUUAUACAUUGUUGAAAUCUCCCAAGAGCCCUCAGUACAGCCGAAGAGGCCUUCUAAACUGAAUGCACGUGCGCCCCUAUUCAAGUUUCUUGAUAUCUUCCCCAAAGUUAUCUGCCGUCCUCCCAAGGAAGUGAUAGAUAUGGAGCUGGCUCCCGUGGGGAGGAGCCACAGAGAACCCGGAAUGGACCUAGUGGAGUUCCGCAGUGAGGCUUUCCAAAGACCAUACCAGUAUUUAAGACGGUUCCACCAAAGCCAGAACCUGGACACAUUUCAGUACGAAAACGGCUCUGUGGAAGGGUCCCCUGAGGAGUGCCUGCAGCACUUCCUGAUCUACUGUGGCGUGGUGAACCCUUCCUGGGCAGAGCUUCGGAACUUUGCUUGGUUUCUGAACUGUCAGCUCAAGGACUGCGAGGCUUCCGUCUUCUGCAACUCAGCUUUUACUGGAGACACACUCAGGGGCUUCAAGAACUUUGUGGUAACCUUCAUGAUCUUAAUGGCGAGAGAUUUUGCUACUCCGUCUCUUCACACUUCCGACCAAAGCCCAGGUAAGCACCUGGUCACCAUGGAUGGAGUUGCUGAAGAAGACCUAGCUCCCUUCUCUCUUCGGAAGAGGUGGGAGUCAGAGCCUCAUCCAUAUGUUUUCUUUAAUGGCGACCGCAUGACCAUGACAUUCAUAGGCUUUCACUUGCAGCCUAACAACAAAGGCUAUGUCGAUGCCAUCAAUCCCUCGAAUGGGAAUGUCAUCAAGAAGGAUAUCAUGACAAAAGAAUUGUUUGAUGGGCUGCUGCUUCAGAGAGUACCCUUCAAUAUCAACUUUGAUAACUUGCCCAGAGGUGAGAAACUUGAAAGACUCUGUCUGGCACUAGGGAUUGAGUGGCCCAUUGACCCUGAUGAAACGUACGAACUUACAACAGACAAUAUGCUUAAAAUCCUGGCCAUUGAGAUGAGGUUCCGGUGCGGGAUCCCAGUGAUCAUCAUGGGAGAGACGGGCUGUGGGAAAACCAGGCUCAUCAAAUUCCUUAGUGACCUCAAGCGUGGUAGUGUUGAAGCAGAGACUAUGAAGCUGGUGAAGGUCCAUGGAGGAACAACUCCAUCCAUGAUCUACUCCAAAGUCAAGGAUGCUGAGGAGACAGCCUUCUUCAAUACGGGCCAACAUAAGUUGGAUACCAUCCUGUUCUUCGAUGAAGCCAACACGACAGAAGCUGUAAGCUGCAUCAAAGAAGUCCUGUGUGACGGAACAGUGGAUGGCGAGUUCCUAAAUGAGGGCUCCGGCCUGCAUAUCAUUGCUGCUUGCAACCCUUACCGGAAGCACUCCCAGGAAAUGAUCCUCCGCUUGGAGUCAGCAGGUUUGGGAUACAGGGUGAGUGCAGAGGAGACUGCAGACAGGCUGGGCUCCAUCCCACUGCGGCAGCUGGUAUACCGCGUCCAUGCUCUGCCCCCGAGCCUCAUUCCUUUGGUGUGGGACUUUGGACAGCUGAAUGAUGCCGCUGAAAAUCUCUACAUCCAGCAGAUCGUCCAGAGACUGGUGGACUCCAUCGAUUUAGAUGAUAGUGAGGCUCGUGUGAUUGUGGAUGUUCUGUCCACCUCCCAGAGGUUCAUGAGGAAGAGGGAGAAUGAAUGUGGCUUUGUCAGCCUCCGGGACGUGGAGCGCUGUGUGAAAGUUUUCAGAUGGUUUCAUGACCACAGUGAGAUGCUCUUAAACCAUCUGGAUGAUUAUCUCUACGAAUCCAGUGACAGAAACCACAUUUUCGAGAGAGAUCCUGUUCUCUGGUCCCUGAUAAUGGCCACCGGGGUGUGUUACCAUGCCUCUUUGGAAAAAGAGAAAGCAUCCUACCGCACAGCCAUUGAGAGGUGCUUUCCAAACCCAUUCAAUGACAGCAAGGCCAUUCUUGAUGAGAUCACUCAUGUACAAGAUCUUUUUCUGAGGGGGGCACCCAUCAGGACAAACAUAGCCAGGAACUUGGCUUUGAAGGAGAAUGUCUUCAUGAUGGUAAUCUGCAUUGAGCUUAAGAUCCCCCUUUUCCUGGUGGGGAAGCCCGGCAGCUCCAAAUCCCUUGCCAAGAUCAUUGUAGCAGAUGCCAUGCAAGGGCAGUCUGCCUUCUCUGACCUCUUCCGCUGCCUGAAACAGGUCCACCUGGUGUCCUUCCAGUGCAGCCCCCAUUCCACACCACAAGGGAUCAUCGGCACCUUCAGACAGUGUGCUCGAUUCCAGCAGGGCAAGGACCUGCAGCAGUACGUCUCUGUGGUGGUGCUGGAUGAGGUCGGGCUGGCAGAAGACUCACCCAAAAUGCCCCUAAAGACUCUGCACCCCCUGCUGGAAGAUGGGUGCAUUGAAGAUGACCCCGCCCCAUACAAAAAAGUUGGCUUUGUUGGCAUCUCCAACUGGGCUCUGGAUCCCGCCAAGAUGAACCGAGGCAUUUUUGUGUCACGUGGAAGUCCCAACGAGAAAGAGCUCAUAGAGAGCGCUGAGGGGAUCUGUUCUUCCGACAGGCUGGUUCAGGACAGAAUCCGAGGGUAUUUUGCACCGUUUGCCAAGGCCUAUGAAACAGUGUGUAAGAUCCAGGACAAGGAAUUCUUCGGGCUUCGUGACUAUUACAGCCUCAUCAAGAUGGUCUUUGCCAAAGCCAAAGCUUCAAACCGGGGCCUUUCACCACAAGACAUCGCCCACGCUGUCCUUCGGAACUUCAGCGGCAAAGACAGCGUCCAGGCGCUGGACAUCUUUACAGCCAGUCUUCCUGAGGCCAGGUACAAGGAAGAGGUCAGCACCGUGGAGCUGAUCACUCAGAACAUUUACAGUGGUCUGCAGGCACCCGGCGCGGAUGAGUCCCGGUAUUUGCUGGUGCUCACCAGCAACUAUGUGGCCCUGCAGAUCCUGCAGCGGAUGUGCUUCGGUGAGGGCCGGCAGCCUGAGGUCAUUUUCGGCUCCAGCUUUCCCAAGGACCAGGAAUACACCCAGGUCUGCAGGAACAUCAAUCGGGUGAAGAUCUGCAUGGAGACGGGGAAGAUGGCGGUGCUGCUGAACCUCCAGAACCUGUACGAGAGCCUGUAUGACGCUCUCAACCAGUACUACGUCUACCUGGGGGGCCAGAAGUACGUGGACCUCGGACUAGGCACCCAUCGGGUCAAAUGUCGGGUGCACGCGGACUUCCGCCUCAUCGUCAUCGAAGAGAAGGAUGUGGUGUACAAACAGUUCCCCGUGCCCCUCAUCAACCGGCUGGAGAAACAUUACCUGGACAUCAACACGGUGCUGGAGGAAUGGCAGAAGAGCAUCGUGCGCGAGCUGCAGCAGUGGGCCCGUGAGUUUGCAGACGUGAAAGCCGAUCAGUUCAUUGCCAGGCACAAGUACAGUCCCGCAGAUGUCUUCAUUGGCUACCACUCCGACGCCUGCGCCUCUGUGGUGCUGCAGGCUGUGGAGAGGCAGGGCCCCAGGGACCUGACGGAAGAGUUAUACCGCAAGGUAUCGGAAGAGGCCAAGUUCAUCCUGCUGGAGUGUGCAACCCCAGACGCUGUGGUCCGGCUGAGUGGUUCCUCCCUGGGCUCCUUCACUGCGGGACAACUGGCACAGGAGUAUUACUACAACCAGCAGCACAACUCCCUCGCAGACUUCCUCCAGGUCCACCUGCGCAUGGCCCGCCUGGAGUGCCAGGCUGUCUUCACAGAGAUCACCACUUUCUCCAGACUGCUCACGGGUAGCGACUGUGAAGUCUUGGCGUCCGAGCUGAAAGGGCUGGCCUCAAAGCCCACAGUCCUGUCACUGCAACAGUUUGACACUGAAUACUCCUUCCUUAAGGAAGUCCGCUGUUGCCUAAUGAACUCAGCCAGGCGUAAAAUCCUAGUCAUCCAGACGGACUUCGACGAUGGUGUCCACAGCGCCCAGCUGGUAGCUUCUGCCAAGUAUUCUGCCAUCAAUGAAAUCAACAAAACACAAGGGACAAAGGACAUAGUCUUCGUUUAUUUUAUUACGAAGCUUUCCCGAAUGGAAAGUGGUACAUCGUAUGUGGGAUUCCACGGAGGGCUGUGGCGGUCUGUUCAUAUUGAUGACCUCCGCAGAUCCACAAUCAUGGCCUCAGAUGUCACUAAACUGCAGAAUGUCACCAUCAGCCAGCUGUUCAAGCCAGUGGACAAACCCAAGUCAGAUGACCCAGAGGAGGCGAUGGAGAUAGAGACCAUCAAGUCAGGGGAAAUGGCAGAGCAAAAAAUGGAAGUAGACAGUCCAGAGGAGAUGGAGAUGGCAUCUGACCCAGGAGGCUGUGAUGUCCUCGACACCACCAGACUGCUGCGGAGCUGUGUGCAGAGCGCUGUGGGGAUGCUCAGAGACCAGAAUGAGGGUUGUGCACGCAACAUGAGGAGAGUCACCAUUCUCCUUGGCCUCUUAAACGAAGACAGCGUGCUCAACGCCUCCUUUUUGCGGGAAUCUAAGAUGCGCCUCCAUGUUCUUCUAAAGAAGCAAGAAGAGAAUCAGGUCCGCAGUCUAAAGGAGUGGGUCACCAGGGAGGCCGCUAAUCAGGACGCACUCCAGGAGGCAGGCACCUUCAGGCAUACCCUUUGGAAGCGGGUCCAGGGUGUGGUCACACCCUUCCUGGCGAGCAUGAUAUCUUACAUCGACAGAGACGGCAACCUGGAGCUGCUGGCUCAGCCAAAUUCACCAGCCUGGGUCCAAGAUCUUUGGAUGCUCAUCUUCAGUGACGUUAAGUUCCUGAACAUCCCUCUUGGGAUGACUAACACAAGGUCCCAAAAUGAGAUGUCCUCCAUCCUGGUGCAGAGCCACAUGAACCUGCUCAAGGAUGCCUGCAAUGCUGUGCCCUUCAGCUGGAGGAUCAGGGACUACCUGGAGGAGCUCUGGGUGCAGGCACAGUAUAUCACAGACACGGAGGCGUCACCAAAGAAGUUGGUGGAAAUCUUCCGGAAGACUGCCCUGGGCAGGUUCAUGUGUCAGCUCCCUGUGUCACAGCAGCAGGAGGUCCUGCAGAGCUACUUGAAGGACUUCCUGCUCUUGACCAUGAAAGUGGUCUCAUGGGAGGAGUUAAAGUUUCUGCAGAUGGCCCUGUGGUCCUGCCUCAGAGAGCUCCGGGUGGCUUCAGGAACACCUGAGGAAGGGCUCUCCUUGCCCUGGGUGCACAUUGCUUAUCAGCACUUCCGGACGCGGCUGCAGAACUUCUCCAGAUUGUUGGCUAUGCAUCCCCAGGUCCUGGACAGCCUCAGUGAAGCGGCACAGAGGCACCGCUUGGCUUCAAGUGAAAUGACACUGGAUGCGCUUGCAGCAAUGGCCUGUGUUGAAGUGCUAAAGGGCAACAUCCUGCAGCCAAGCCCCAAGGCCUGGGUACACAUGGUGAAGACUGUGUCCAUGCCUCUGGAGCUUGUCUGUUCCAGAGGGUAUUUGCAGAACUGCGGGAACAUCACCAGAGCUGUGGUCCAGGAUGUCAGAGCCCUGUGGAAUCGCGUUUUCUCCAUUGCACUCUUUGUGGAGCAUGUUCUCCUUGAGACCGAAAGCCAGAUUCCUGAGCUGAGUCAGCUGGUAACCACCCAUGUGUCCUUACUUGACAAGUGCCUGGAAGAGAACUCAGACCUCAAGACCUACAGGCCAUUUAUGGCUCUGAUGACAGUACUUUGUGAAUGCAAGGACAGAGUCAGCAGGACGCUCAGCAGGUUUGGUAUUCAUCCAUGCCACAUCUGCCUGGGAGACGCAAAGGACCCUGUCUGCCUGCCUUGUGAUCAUGUAUAUUGCCUAGUCUGCAUCAAAACCUGGCUCAUCCCGGGACAAAUGAUAUGUCCCCGCUGCCUAACUGAGUUGUCAGACAAAUUCUCGCCAACUGUUUCUCAGGAGCACCGGAAAGCCAUUGAGAAGCACGCCCAGUUCCGGCACAUGUGUAACAGCUUCUUCGUGGACCUGGUCUCCACCAUGUGCUUCAAAGACGACACCCCUCCUCAGGAGAGCGUGAUUGACAGCCUGCUGUCCUUACUCUUCAUACAAAAGGAGCUGCUGAGAGAUGCUUCCCAAAAGCACCGGGAACACACAAAGUCUCUGUCUCCGUUUGGCGAUGUUGUCGACAAGACUCCUGUCACCCGCUCAGUGGUACUGAAACUGCUUCUCAAGUACAGCUUCCAUGAAGUAAAGGAUUACAUCCAGAACUACUUGACCCAGUUAGAGAACAAAGCAUUCCCAGAAGAGGAUAAGACAGAACUGUACCUGCUGUUCAUCAACUGCCUGGAGGACUCAGUCCAUGAGAAGGCGAGUGCUGGUUGUAGAAGUCACAAGCAGCGCCUGGGAGAGGAAAGUCAUUUCCUUAGCACGUACACCCUCGAAAGGCGAGGCCAAGAGCCUGCCAGCACAUCUUCCGUGGAGUACCUGCAGGGGGUGGCCAGAGUGCGCCUCUGCCUUGACUUGGCUGCUGACUUCCUCUCAGAGCUUCAGGAAGGCUCAGAACUGGAUGGAGAUAAGCAGCGCUUCCUGAAGCGUGUUGAGCAGCUCUGCACCCGUGUGGAGAAUGACUGGCACCGUGUGUACCUGGUGAGGAAACUCACCAGCCAGCUUGGGAUGGAAUCUGUGCAGAGCUUCUGCAGGAAGGGCCAUCCAUGCCAGUGGGUGUUCCCCAGGGGUGUCACCGAACAGCAGUGUGACGACCAAGGCCAGAUGGACCGAUACCUGGUACAUGGUGAUGAGUACAAGGCUCUUCGUGAUGCAGUGGGCAAAGCUGUGCUCAAGUCUCAGACCCUUGACAUUGGGACUGCUCUGAUGGCCUGCAGAGGCCCCAAAGCCCAGCAGACGGUCUACUUACUGCUGGCCUUGUACAGAGAGGUGGCUUCUUUGUACCGUUCUCAAAAUGCCAACUUCCAUCCGAAAGCAGAGCAAUGCGAGGCUAUGAACAAAUUCAUCGAGGAGAGCAAGAUCCUUUCUGAUCCUAACAUUGGACACUUUGCGAAAUCGCUUGUGAAUAAUGCUCUGCCCCUGCUGCGGAUUAGGUCUGCUAACAGCAGCCUGGAAGGAACCGUGAUUGAAAUGGCCAUCCAUGCUGCAAUCGUAUUCCUGUGUGGACAAAACGAAGUCUUGGGGCCCCUGAGGGCCUUGGCCUUCCAUCCAGCCACAAUGGCAAAUGCUUUUCUUCCAACAAUGCCUGAAGACCUGCUGGUUCAAGCCAGGACUUGGGCGGGCCUGGAAAGAGUCUCCUGGUACAAUUGUCCCAAUGGCCACCCAUGCUCUGUAGGAGAGUGCGGCUUGCCAAUGCAGCAGAGCUUCUGUCCGGACUGUCAUGCUCAGAUUGGCGGCAUCAAUCACAAGCCACAUGAGGGCUUCCAUCUUAUCAGAAAUAAUGAGGACAGAACACAGACUGGCCACGUGCUGGGCUACCCGAAGCCCAAUGUUGCGGAAGUGGCAUCUGAUCGAGGGAUAUCCCCAGUGGUCUUCAUUCUCAGCCGGCUACUCACUCACUUGGCUAUGCUUAUGGGAGCCACUCAGGAUCCCCAGGCCCUGAUCUGUAUCGUUAAGCCUGGGGUCCAGGACCCUCAGGGCUUCCUGCAGCAGCACAUCCAGAGAAACUUGGAACAGCUAACCAAGAUGCUGGGCAGGAGUGCAGAUGAGACCAUCCACGUGGUCCACCUCGUCUUCUGCAGUCUGCUCAAGGAGCACCACCAGAGGGCGUCAAAUUUUAAUGCAGAAUUGUCAACCAAAGGAUCCAGAAACAACUGGGAGAAGCAUUUUGAAGCCCUUCUCCUACCUGAGUUGGAGCAUCUUGACAGAACUUUGCCAGCUGUAAAUGCUCUUAUCAGCCAAGAUGAGCGCAUCAGCUCCAACCUUGUGGCCAGGAUCAUAUAUGGGGACCCAGCUACCUUCCUGCCCCACUUGCCCCGGCAAAGCGUGGUCCACUGCUCGAAGAUCUGGAGCUGCAGGAGGAAGAUCACGCUGGAAUACCUGCAGCAUAUCGUGGAUCAGAAAAAUGGCGAGGAAACUGUGCCCGUCCUCUGGCACUUCCUCCACAAGGAGGCAGAGCUGAGGCUGGUCAAAUCCCUGCCUGAGAUCUUGGCCCUGCAAAGAUAUCUGGUAAAACGAUUCCAGAACGUUUCAGAAGCAGAGUACAGUUCCAUCAGAGGUUUUAUUAGCAGCCACCAUUCAGAUGGGCUGAGAAAGCAGUUAUACGACCGAAUCGCUGUCUUUCUGUCCACAUGGAACGCGCUGAGGCACUCACUGGAGACCAACGGUGAGAUCAAGCUACCAAAAGAUUACUGCAGCUCCGACCUGGAUCUGGAUGCUGAAUUUGAGGUCCUCCUUCCACGGCGACGGGGCCUAGGCCUCUGUUCCACGGCCUUAGUCAGCUACUUGAUUAGCCUGCACAAUCAAAUGAUCAACAAGGUGCAGAGCUUCUCUGAGGAAAACAGCAGCUUUUCGGUAGAUACCUCUGAGGUUGCUGACGUGCACGUCAUCAGCUACGAGGUGGAAAGGGACCUGACUCCCCUGAUCCUCUCCAACUGCCAGUACCAAGUGCAGCAAGGCGGAGAGACCUCACAAGAGUUUGACCUGGAGAAGAUCCAGCGGCAGAUCAGCAGCCGAUUCCUCCAGGGCAAGCCCAGGCUGACCCUCAAGGGGAUACCCACCUUGGUAUACAGACAUGACUGGAACUACGAACAUCUCUUCACGAACAUCAAGAACAGAAUGGCACAGACCCCACUCACCAGUGCAGCUAUCGGUGCCAUCAGUGGACAGCUACAGUCCUACAGUGACGCCUGUGAAGCCCUGUCUAUCAUAGAAGUCACCCUGGGUUUCCUGAGCACAGCUGGUGGAGACCCUGACAUGGACCUGAAUGUGUACAUUCAAGACAUCCUACAGAUGAGUGAUCAGACAGCUCUGAUCUUAAAGGCCUUACACAGAUGUCAGCUGAGACACGUCAUUGCCCUCUGGCAGUUCCUAUCUGCACAUAAGUCAGAACAGCGGCUGCGACUGAAGAAGGAGCUGUUUCGGGAGAUUGAUGGGAAGUACAAAGAGGCCCUCAGUCCACAGCACGCAAAGCUCCUCGGCACAUUCCUGAACGAGGCGGGCUUGGACGCCUUCCUCCUGGAGCUCCACGAGAUGAUUGUGCUGAAACUCAGGGGUCCUCAGGCCGAGAGCGGCUUCAACCCCAGUUGGAGCCUCAGGGACACUCUAGUGAGUUACAUGGAGAUUAAAGAGAGCGAUGUCCUUCCAGAAGUGGAGGCCCAGUUCCCAGAAGAGAUCCUCAUGUCCACCUGUGUCUCAGUGUGGAAAGCUGCUGUCACACGAAAACUGGACCGGCAAGCGAGGUAGAGCAGCUCAACCUUCAAGCGUGGCUGGAAAGGAGGGUCUCCCCCAACCCCCUUCAUAGCUCCCAACACAGGCUGUGGGCUUUGUGUGAAGGGAAGUGUGGGCACCGCACUGGAUUCAAGGCUUACACACCAUACAAGCCCAUGGCUUUUUAAGGGCCAACCUGUUUCUGGAACAUGUGCCUACCCCAAAACUUCCUCCUAUGCGGUGAUAUGAAAUUGGCGAUCAACUGCCUCUUGUACAUCCCAGAAGGAACGAGACAACCACAGUGCGGCCGUUACCGAUGCUGACCCUCUGAAGACUGCCAGCCUCUGGCCUCACAGUUCACGGCCCCCGCUUCGCUGCAUAGAGAGAAAACACGGGGACAAUACAUUUUUUCCCUGUUCUUUCUAUACAUAUGUAAGAAUAAAUGCACAUAUGUGAUGAAUACAUGUAUUCUGUCAAGGAAAACCAAGGUGCUUAUACAAGCUGUAAGGCCACAUGAACAAGAGCUAAUGUCGACCCCACCGUGAGUCACUGCCAAACCACGUAGGAACAGAGCCAAACACUGGGAGCGAGGGGCAAUGAUACAUUGGGAAGCAAGGACUACGGGUAGGUGCUGGAGUACCUGCCACCAUACAUACGCACAUCCUGGGUUUUCUCCCUAGCACUGCAAAUGGGAACAAACAACCACAAGACAGAACAGACCGAUGGCCGAAGCAGAUGCGUCUUAGUCUAACAAUCCACUUCCGUUCCUCUGAUCCCUCUGGACUAACCCUACUCCUGGCACAGCCAGUGUUUACAAGCGUUUCCUUCAGACUGGCCAUCAGGACCACACCCAUGGACACAGCGCCACCAGCACGGGGUGGCUCUGGACCAGGCUAUGCCUUGACAUUCUCCUCAGAGCCUGGUGCAGGGACCAGACCUGCAGUAACGCACUGCAGACUCUAUUCACAAUCACGGUGAUCUUUUCACUCCAAACUAGGAAGAUGUCUGCGCGCCAGGCUUCCUGCGGAAUGGAUACAUCAGACUGGGGGUUAACUCAACCUAGCCAUCAGAGGGCAGCUCAGCCCCACACAGUUUCCUGCUGUGAAGGCCUUUUUGGGGCUUUGACUUAGGCAUUUUUUUUUUCUGUCAUGAAGGAUUUUUAAUUAAGAUGUUUCAUUUUGUAUGCUACGCUUUUAAGCCUUAGCUGUCUAUGUUGUGUUACCAGGCCUAACACCGGCAAAAGUAAAUUGCAUUAUUUUCUGUCAUACUCAUUUUAAUAAAUUUCAGCUUUACUGCUAA